AUCUUCUUGUAAAGUUGAAGAAGUUUGCACCUUUAUAUCCAAAACAUGCUUAAAAGUAAACAGAAAAAGAGAGGAUUUGUCGAUUUAAUCUUUAAGUUGCUUGUAUCAAUCGUGAGCUAGAGAACAUAACACAGACCAAUUAGGAACGUGAUUAGCUCCUCUCUCUCUCACUUGAGUUUCCGUUAUGACCGUUGGGGAUGAGUUUUAGCGGGAACCUAACUAACUUCUUGGUCGACGUUAUUAAAGAUUCAAGAAAAAGAAAAGAAAAAAGAACACUCUGAAUUUGGCUCGCGUCUUAUAUUAAUCGGCAAGAUAAGUUCCUCUCUCUCUCACUCAGCCACUACGUGUCCUCUUCAUCUCGACGGUGCCUAACUUCUUGAAUCAACACAGCUUAGAAGAAGAGAUGAGCUUGUAUAAGGAUAUAAUGUGGAACCUUCCAGGAUUCUCCAAGACAGCCAAAGACAAGGAAGAAGAAGAGAGCAUGAGGAGAAUCUUCCACCUCUUCCCCAAAAGAAAAAGAUCCCUUCGAAGUCCCCCCAACAAGAAACACUCUCCUCCUCCUCUCUCAAAACUCCCCAUAAAGAAACGAACUGUUUACCAAUACACCACCACCACCACGAAGACUCCCCAAUGGAUCCGCCGCUUGAAGAAAGACAUGAACAUAGCCGACGACCCCUUCCUCCUCGCGGAGAAGCCUCUCGACCUCGACGACGUGGAUCCAGACCAAAACCGUCUCUCCAUCCCUUUCCAGAGCCUAAAGCGAAACGACUUCUUGACGUGCGACGAGGGGGUGAUUCUUGGAGACGAAAGGGUCAACAACGAUGGGAGGAUUGGUGUGGCUGCGUGUCUCGUUGAUCAAAGGAAUAAACAGUGGAAGAUGGUUUUGAAGAAGUGGGUUCGUGUGUCUGAUUCAGGGAAAGUCCUCCAGAGUUUUCUGUUGAGUGGUGCAUGGAGCGACGUCGUUGAGGCUAAUGGGUUGAGAGAUGGAGACAACAUCAGUCUAUGGUCUUUCAGGCUCAAUGGGUUCCUCUUCUUUGCUCUUGACUUUGCAGGUGACUCCACUGACUUCUUAGAGUAAGUUAAGGGGAGUGUUAUUGGAUCAUACU